GAGAUACUUCUAUGAUGAUUUACCACCCUAAUAUAUAGAGUCCGGAUCUAAUACUAAUACUAGGUUAUUAUUAUGACUCUCUCACAUAAAUACACACAUAAGAAAACACUGUUAUAUAACUAUCUAGGUUAAACUUGCAGGAGAAAGAAAGAAAGAAAGAAGAAUAUAUAAUAAUAAUGGGCGAAAAACGAAGAAUAAUCAUGGGGCAUAAUCAAGAAAUAAUAAUGGAGGAAAUAUUGGAGGAAAUAUUAUAUAAUCUUCCAAUAAAAUCCCUAUUGAGAUUCAAGUGUGUUUCGAAAUCAUGGCACUCUAUAAUCUCCGGCGAAGCAUUCAUCAAAGAGCAUCUCAAAAGAUCGAUUGCCAAAGACGAGACGGCAGGUUUGACCGGGUUGACUCACCACAAACUCCUCUUCACCUAUAGAUAUAAAUAUAGUGAUCAAACUCAUGACUGGUUGUCUAGUUGUCUGGGGUCAUGCUCUCUUAAUUGUAACCAAUUAUUACCCGCCGCCAUCGAACCUACUUUAUACGACCGGCCAGACCCAUACGUGGGUGGCGUAACGAUAUCGGGUUCGUGUAACGGACUAAUACUCAUUCGAUUCGGUAGGAUAUCAAGAUUAAUUUUAUGGAAUCCUUCGACCACAAAAUAUAGGGUCAUUCCGUAUCCCUCUUUCGAACAAUUACCGCUCAGCAACUACUACAGAUCAUCAUUUGGUUUAUGGUACAACGACGAGUCGGGAGAAUACAAGGUUGUCUGCAUUAGAGACGACGGCUGGUGUUAUCAGACCAAGGUGUAUGGUUCGAAGACGGAUUCUUGGACGACAAUCGAGAGUUUCGGGAGGCGUCUUCAAGAGGGUUCGUACUGCGGGAAGUUUGUCAACGGAAGGCUGCAUUGGCUGGCUCGGCUAGAUUAUUCUUCAACUAGACGUUGUCGUUGUGAUAUUAUCUCACUAGAUUUAGCAGCGGAUGAUGAGAAAUAUAAAUACGAGACUUUGUCGACAAAUUGCAUCGACUAUUCUCGUGGAGCGGUUUUUUUGAGGGAUCUUGGAGGGUAUCUUGGUUUGAUGCAUUUAACGGAUGAUGCGGAUGUGAAUGUAUGGGUAAUGAAGGAGUAUGGUGUUAGAGAAUCUUGGACUAGGGUUUGGACAUUAUCGGACUUUGUUGUUGACAUUGUCGAGCGUGGUCUUGGCGGCGGAACAAAGCCGUUGUGCUGGAGGAAGAACGGAGAUAUUCUAGUGGUUUUUGGGAAGUAUUUAUUUGUUUGUAAUGGAAAAAAUCUAUUGCGUAAGUCUCGAGUUGGUAAGCUUGAUGAUAGGGUUUUCUCCAUUGUCUACGUCGAAAGCUUACUUUCACCAUCGAUGAUUGGUCAUCAACAAUAGAAAUAAUUUCUUUUUUUUUUU